GAAAUAAGAGAAAAACACUCUAAUAUUUGAUGGAUCAGUUGCUAGAAAACACCUCACACUAGACGAGACAAAAUUUACCCUUCACUCAGGAAUGUUGUCAGAAAGUACAUCUACAACAUCAAGAAAAAAGUAUAGUAAAGUAUCGUUUUCCCACAAAACAGUUCAGGAAUUCUUCGCAGCCAUAUUUAUAAGUUUUCACAUUGACGCUCAGAAAAUUGUUCUAGAAAAAUGUAGAAAUAUUCAAGACAUUCUGGGCAUGUCAAAAAUGUAUGAAUUUAUAAUUGAAAUGAAUUCUGACCGGAUGUGUGCAAUAUCAAAUGAUUUGAUGUCUGUGAUAAAUGAUGUCAAGGGAGUACGCGACUAUAGAAAUGGAGUCAAGGAAAUACGCGACUAUGGAACUUGGAGAGAUUGCGAUAACAUGUACUUUAAUACACGUGACUAUAGAAUUAAGAUGUAUAACGAUUUCAUAUACAUACAAUUGUUUUACAUACAGAAAAUGUUCGUGUCGAUUUUACAAAAAAUGCCUGAAAGCGAAAAAAUUCAUUUAUAUUUACAAGAUUUCUUCAUUGAAAACCAAACCGUGCACAGUAAGCAGUUACAAUGUUUGUUAAAAGAAAAUAAAACCAAUAUAAAAUCACUUCAUUUAAACAUCUACGAUACUUCCAGCAGUUUACGUGAAAUUAUAGAUUUAUUCUCUCUCACAGAUUUCAGUCAUAUACAGAAACUUUAUUUUACGGGCGACAGCUGGAAGGAGUCUGAGAUAAACCGGAUAAUGUUUCCCAGUUUACAGUGCGUUACUUUGUUCCGGGGUACAUGGACAAAUGAUGAAGAAAAUCUGAGUGAAAAUUUGGCGCGAUUACAAAACUUACAAUAUUUAUAUAUUGAAUGGUUCACGUUAUCUCACAAAUUACUGGAAACAUUUUACAAUUUUAUCUCCGGUCAAAAAUCAAUCAAAGAGUUAACAUUGUCGGGGUUAUACUGUAAAGAACAUGGCGGCCAUGAUUGUAAGAGAUUGAUGAACUUGGACUUGUCUCCAUAUUCAACUCUUUCAAAGUUAUACUUCCAGGAGUUACCUGGGAGGCUACAAUUAAAUAUAUCAACACCGUCAUUAGUUAAUGUUAUGUUGUGCGACAUCAAUCUAGAUAAAAGUUCAUUGAUACUGUCACGUGACAUGUUGAAUAUUGAACGUGUGAAGUUGAAGGGGAUAAAAAUGUCUGCACUAAGAUUACAGAACUUUAUUACCGUGCUUGAAAAUCUGCCGCAGUCAGUUACAGUAGCGAUGACAGACAUUAAACGGAGGACAGAAUAUGACCGUGUUAGAAAAAAUGUUCGGAGAUCACAAACUUUUCAUGUGAUACACGACGUCGACUACAUGCGGGAGAUUGUGUUCAAAACAAUAAAACCAAGUAAAGAAUAAACAAAGGAAAAACAUUGUAAAAUAAACUGAAGAAAUGACUUCAAUAAUUUUAAAUAAUUUAAACAAUUUAAAUACAGGAUGGACACUUAGAAGUUAAAUGGCGACUCUUCAAUUUUUUUGCAGUUUUAUUAGGACAUUCAUGUACUUCCGUUUUCAAUUAAUAAAUUAAGUGACAAUUGUUUUAAAAUAAAAGCUUUUAGUAAAUAGAAAUAAUUCAAGGAAGUUUUAAGGAAUUAAAUGGAUAUAAAAGUUGGAUUAAGAUAUGGAAUAUGGAAAAAAUUAACAGGCGUCACACUGUCCCGAAAUUGACACCAGAUGGGCAUACGAAUAUGAAAUUUUUAAUUUCGUGCGAAGAUAGCCCCGAAAUUGGUCGACAGUCUCUCAACAGCCGGAGCAAGUACGAUUCCUACAUAAGGUCACGCGAUCGCAUCCGAGCCACACACGAUUCCUACCGAAGGUCACACGAUUGCAUCCGAUACAUACACGAAGUCACCUCAAAGAUGCAGUUUUGUACAAAGUAGUUUACCAGCAGGACAUGCGAACGUACGAGCAGGACACGCGAACGUCACAAGAUAGGUACUUGACGUCGUAUUUUGAGUACGAUGCCUUCGUAUGUGGUUACGAAGGAGUCAAGUGACCUUCACCUCCGGGUGGUAUACAAACCACGGCCAACCGCGGCAAAUUUCAGUUGCAGAUAGUAUUGGGAGCUUAUUAAACUACGUUUAAACUUUAUUUUGUCUCUUCAUAACAUCAAAACAAUUCUAUUCACACAAAAAUCUAUGACAAAAGUGGCGCAAUAUUAUGGUAUAGUAAACUAUCCACAUUCAGAUGGAGACUUACCGCAUGCAACAUCCGACGGGGUAUAUGUAUCACAGUUAAUAAGAUUCGCUAGAGCUUAUAGCAACGUGAAGGAUUUUAACAAGCUAAAUAAAGCUACUCAAACAGGGCUACCGCUUUUAUAAAUUACGUAGAUAUUUUACAAAAUUUAACAAUCGUAACUUUGAUUUUAUGUAAAAAUCCAGUAGUGAUUAAAAUGAUUUGAACGGAGAUGUUAUUUACAAACUUCCUUCGAAAGAUCUUUGGUCAUUGUUGCCUGUACUAAAAUUAUUAAACGUUUAACCAAAAGAGGUUUUGACUCCACUUUUUUAAAUAUACCGCAUGCUUAGUGUUCAACACUUCAACAGUUGGUCCUUUCCUCUUUUGAUUAAAUCUGACGGACCAAGUGGGAUAUGCUUUGAUGGACAGUUUAAUGCCCUUUGGGACUGAAUUGCCUUAAUGUUCGUCUUCUGCCUUGAUUCGUCGGGCCCUUGUAAGUGAUUUUUGUUGUUACCCUGUCUUCCUUCAGAUUAUUGAGUACUUUUGUAAUGGUCAUAUGGGUAUUCCUUUAUGUGUAUCUACAUAGUCAUCUCGGUGUUUUACUUUGUUUUCCUUUAGAAACCAUAACAAAUGUUAUAAAUUUACUUGGUGGGGAUUCAUUUUAUUUACACCGUCUCGUUUAUAGGAUCAUGGUGAGCUAAGAGUGACUGUUGGUGCACUGUUAACCGGUUUAAACUCCCCAGCAGUGCUUAUGCUGCUGACCGGUCCAAGGCGGCGCCAUUCUUUGUUCCUCAGAUGCAUGUCUUUGUUAUUUCUUACUGCUUUGGUGACACUUUUGUCGGCAUCCAUUGUUGUUUUCUCGUCUACGGUAAGUAUUUUCCGUUUUGUCCCUAGUUCUAUUAAUUUAAUAAAUCAAUCAUUUAUUUGUUUUCUUUGAUUUCCUUGUUGUUUACUAUUAUUUCGUCUUAUGUAUCAUUUAAGUGAUAAGCCUAUCCGUGCUCUACCUUGCGCCCUGUCCGUUUUUCCGGUGAGGGUCCUUUUGUGUUACUUGGUUCUUGUUGCUUGGUUGUGUGGGGGUUGAGUUCAUUGAACGUUGCCUUUCCUUGUUGAUCUUGUUUAUCAUAUUGAUAAACUUUAUCAUACCACUCAAAGUGGGCCUGAAGCCUCAUUAUGUUUUCCAAGGUGUCUUUAAAGUAGCAAUGCUGCUGCCUUCUUUUUCUCGGUUGACGCAUCAUCAAAGCAUGUAAUUCUGCAGGAAAUAAACUGAAAAUAAUGGUAAAUUAAUUGCAAAUAAUGGACGCUUUUGAUGUCUCUGUGAAAAAGAGGAAGAUGGUCUAGCCGUUUAUAUGUUCACAAUGAUAAACAUGCAACGCUUGAGCCACUAAAAAUUGCUUUCUUCGGCCUCAUCGUGGUCCCAUAUCGAUGGCAUCGUACCAAAAUACGAUGGCGACACGACAGUAUUGCGGGGACUUCACGUAGUCGUGUUCCCUUUUUACGAAUAUCGGGAAUCUUCGUGUUUACUUCGUAUUGUCAUCUUGAGGCUAAAAAUGUCAUAUUGCACCGAUGAUCACACGAAGAAAAGACGAAGACUACACGAUUUGAUAAGAUGGCUUCACGACGGCCUUACGAGGGCAAAAUUAACGCGGAAAAUGAACCUUCGCAAUGUCUUCGGGCAAUUUUUUGGCAUGCCAAAGAUUUUUGAACUGCUCACGAAGUUGCUGCCGGAGCUUGUUAUAUUCAGCCGGGGAUCAUACGUUGGCAAAAGAUGCCCUCACGAAUGGCACGAUGUUAUUACGAUCAGAUCCGAAUUUGAACAUUCCCUUAUUCGUGUGUCCAUCUGAUGCCAAAUUCGGGACAGUGUGACGCAUGCAUAUACAAUGAAGUUUUAAUCUCAGAUAUUUGUCAAGACACAUACUCUAGUGGAAUACAUUCAAGUUUGUUAAAUUAUAGCUAUUGGAUUAAAAUGGGGUCGUGGAUUUUUGAUUAACAUAUUAAACUUUAAAAAUAAUCUAAUUCCUUAAAAUCCUAAAGGCUAAAGCUUAGAUAUUUGCAUGAACUAUUGUUUUGUGGAUUUAUUAAGGUUUGUUCUAAUUGUAGUCCUGGAGGUCUCAAUUGAUCCAGCCCCCUGGGGUCUUAGAUUUUUUUAUAAUACAUACGUGUAUGCAUUUUUAUAGUUAAGAUUAAAAUAAUCAGCUUCUAUAAAAACACGGAGACUAAAGCUUAUGAACUAUUGGCAUGAACUAUUGUCUUGUGAAUUCUGGCAAGUUCAAAUUAUAGAAUCAGGGUCGAUAUUGGCCACACCCAAAGAAUCAUUGAUUUUCCUUAAAUUAACCUUUACAAACCACCAUUUCUAUUUUGAUACUUAGCAACCCUUCAUUUCAAUAGCAACUAAUGACAUAGAUAACAGCCAUUUACUAUCCAUAGCAACCACUGUUUUCAAAAGCAACAGUUACUGUUAACUUACCAUUUCAACAACUGACUUUCAUAGCAACCAUUGACCUUUAUAACAAAUUUUGACUUUACUUAGCAAUCAGUGAUUUCCAAAGCAAAAAAGGA